GUCAAGCGAACGCGAAGCUCGAGACUCACGUGAGCUGCGCGCGGGUCGGGCGCGUUCGUUGGUAAACAGGUAAACAAGCUCCGGAUCAGGCGGAUCAAAUGGACGGUUCGGGACGAGAGAGAGAAGCCUGGGCUCUGACUGCGGAAGCCGACAAGAAGAUGAAAACGUCGGGGUCGCUCUUUGGCACCUUUUUUGGAAGCUCCUCCAAGGCUGAAGAGGCUUGUGAUAUGUACGUAAGGGCGGCUAAUAUGUUCAAGAUGGCAAAGAACUGGCACGCGGCGGGAGACGCGUUCCGCAAAGCGGCCAAGCUACGCUUGCGAAUGCAAAGCAAGCACGACGCUGCCGUUCACUUCAUUGAUGCUGGCAACGCCUACAAAAAAACAGAUCCUCAAGAGGCCAUCCAGUGUCUCACUCGUGCCAUUGAUAUCUACACGGACAUGGGACGUUUCACCAUUGCAGCAAAACACCACAUCUCUGUAGCUGAGAUCUAUGAAUCCGAAUUAGUGGACAUUGAUAAAGCAGUUGCCCACUAUGAACAAGCUGCUGAUUAUUACAAAGGCGAGGAGUCUACCAGUGCAGCCAACAAAUGUCUUCUUAAAGUGGCUACAUAUGCCGCCCAACUAGAACAGUACCAGAAAGCCAUUGAAAUUUAUGAGCAGGUCGGGACGUAUUGCAUGGACACCACCUUGCUGAAGUACGGAGCCAAGGAUCACUUCUUCAGGGCUGCACUGUGCCACUUCUGUGUUGAUAUGCUGAACGCCAAGCUUGCCGUUCAAAGAUAUGAGGAAAUGUUUCCGGCGUUCUCGGAUGCCAGGGAAUGCAAACUCAUAAAGAAACUUCUUGAUGCACAUGAGGAGCAGGAUGUAGCCGCAUACACCGAUGCUGUGAAGGAGUUUGACUCAAUCACGAGGCUGGAUCAAUGGCAGACCACUAUGCUACUAAGAAUCAAGAAGACUAUUAAGGAAGAGGACGAGAGUGAUCUCCGUUAAUAUUCUAUAAAGCCCACGGCGGACUCUCAUCCUGACUUCCUGUGCGCGUUUACUUCAGCUGAGAUAUUCCUCCUAAACCCAAAGCCUGUUCCUCAGCUUUUUAUUUUUGCUUUUCUUUAACAAAGAUCUCAGUGACCCAGCUUCCUCUUUCAAGUCCAGGCCUCAAAACAAAGUCUUUCAUCCAAACAAUAGCACUGUGAACUCCUGUAGAAUAAUCCUUCUUAGCAUGCAUUAUACACACAUUAAUGUUUGAUAUGUCUGUGUAUAGCAGUAAUGCAUUAAUAUAUAUUUAAUUUAUUGUUGUAUAAUUUUGAUCUAAUUUAUUUUGUAAUUUAAUAUUACUGAUGUAGCCAUGGGUUCUAUUGCAUGAACAUUUUCCCAUCAACUAAUGGAAAGUAUGUAAGCUUUACAAUUUUGAAAAUUGCUUCUUUUUUUUUUUUAUUGACAAGAACUGAAAUGGUACUAAUUGUUAUUGUCCUCUAUUGAGGAAGUUUGGUUAACUUUCGUUUUUGAACAGGAUUACACACUAAUUUCACAAUUAAUACCAGCGCUGUAGUAUUUGUAGUACACAUUCUACAAAGAUGACAGCAAAGUCAUAUUCAUCUGUAUUUAACUGGAUCAAACAAACUGUCUAUUUAUCUAGUUACUGGAAAUGAUGAAUUUGAGUCACUAGCUUUUCUGACCAAAAUUUUGUGCAAUUAAUUUAAACGUUUUUGUAAUUAAUAAGCAUUUUCCCACAGAAAACGGUGAAGUGUUAAAUUGUUCGGUGACUAAACCUCACCCAUUUCUCUUACGUUGUCAGUUACAAAAAGAACAUUGACAUAUGAAUUGUCUAAAUUAUCUAAAUAUAUUCAUGCUCUUACCAAGUCUUUUGAGCUCAAGGAAGACUUGCUCACAGCUGCUCUCAGUUCACAUCACAUGUAACUUAGUUAUGGGAUGGUACUCAAUUCCUCAAAUUUGUGCAGACACACUAUGUAAUACAAAUAUUACUACAGUGCACAACAGGUUAAGGACUGGGAAGGCUAGUCCACUGUAUACUGGCUUUGUUUCUGGGAUGUAGAUGCAGCCCCAUUGUAUGAAGAAGACGACCAGCGACAGACACUGGAGCACUGAAUGAAAUGGCAUAAAGACAUUUCGAGUACCCAGAUCCCUGGUUGGAAAGAAAACUGGUGUUCAGCAAGACUAGACGUAUGCAUGGGUCAGGGCUUGGGCACAUACACUUAACACCUGUGCCAUCACAAAACUGCUUUGUAAGCUAAAUAAACGUGACGCUUACUCGACUGUUUCA